AUGCGUAUGCCACCCGCCGCGAGAGCCCAAGCCGAGCUCCACCACCAGAAGACCAAACUCGCAAACUCGUAUAGCGAGCUUCUCGACGAAUUCAGCAGCAGCGACCUCCGUGCUGUUGGCAACUACACCGUCGGUCGCCUGAUAGGCAAGGGCUCGUUCGGAAAGGUCUACCUCGCCUCGCACAAACUCAUCAGCGGUUCAAAGGUCGUCCUCAAAUCGGCCAAGAAGGAUGACGCCAACCUCGCUCGCGAGAUCCACCACCACCGACAGUUCCUCCACCCACACAUCGCACGUCUCUACGAAGUCAUCGUCACCGAAUCGCUGGUAUGGCUAGUCUUGGAAUGGUGUCCCGGCGAUGAGCUGUACAACCACCUCCACGAACAUGGUCGCAUGCAGGAAGAGCAGGUCCAGAAGAUCUUCACCCAACUAGUUGGCGCAGUCUCCUACGUCCACUCAAAGUCAUGCGUCCACCGCGAUCUCAAACUCGAGAACAUCCUGCUCGACAAGCACGGCAACGUCAAAUUGGUCGACUUCGGCUUCACCCGCGAGUACCAGGGCACCACGAGCUACCUGCAGACCUGGUGCGGUACCGUGUGCUACAGCGCCCCGGAGAUGCUUAAAGGUGAGAAAUAUGCCGGCGAAAAGGUCGACGUCUGGAGUCUGGGCAUCAUUCUGUACGCUCUGCUCUGCGGAGAAUUGCCCUUUGACGAAGACGACGAAAACGAAACAAAACAGCGCAUCCUCAAGGAGGACCCCAAGUACCCAGACUACGUCCCCGAAGGUGCCACUGACCUUCUUUCGAAACUGCUGUCGCGCCGCCCUCUUCUGCGACCACCUCUGGCCGAUGUUCUUCGUCACGCCUGGCUGCAAGGACACGCCCCUCAACAACAGGAGAUUCUCAAAGUCUUGCAACCUCCGCCAUUCAGUACCGAAGUUGAAAAGGCGACAUUACAACGGAUGCGAAGCGCUGGCGUCAACAUCGACCACGUCAUCGAGAAUGUGCUGGGACAAAGAUGCGAUCCGCUAGCUGGCUGGUGGGGUCUGCUGCUCGAGAAAGAGGAGCGGAAAGAGAGAAGGCGAUUACGGAAACGAAAAGAAAGGGAAGCAGAAGCGAGGAGUUUGAGAAGGUUGAGCGCAUCCAGCAGUCGCCUCUUGAAUGCGCCCAGCCUGAGAGAGAUCACAGAGGAAGAGCAAGCGCGACUGAGUAUCGUCUCACCCAAGACUAGAGGCCGGGGUGUGAGUAGAUCCAGCGCUGCACCUCCUGAUCUUCCCAGAGUCACCGAAGGCAAAACGCCCGAACCCGAAGAUCGACCACCACCUCCUGUGGAAAAGGACCACCGCCGUCGUUCGCCUUCCAUCACUUCCUCGAGCUGUGGUCCUGCUCUGCCGCCGAAGGAUGUGCCCAGACGACCGCGUGCUGCUAGUAGAACCAGCUCUCAACUGCUCCAAGUUAUACACACCAAGAACGAUCUGCUGGCCCCGCCGCCAUUCCAUCAAAAACUACGGAAACGUCCCUUCAAAGAUCAACUCGCCCAUCUCAAAUCCUGGUUCAAGGCCAGCAGUGGAAAAUCGCAGAAGAAGGACAGCCAAGAACAGAUUGAGACACAACUUGCGACUGCUCGUAAAGUUUCAAUGCCUUCAAGUCAACGAAGAGGAUCUGCUAACGACCUCAUGACGGACCCGCGGAAGAGCCCGCGCCCAGACAUGCCCACGCGAACCACAUACCCCGUCCGUCCACGUAUAUCCACCGCCUCAUCCUAUGGCUCUGCAACAUCUCGGACCCAUGGUGGAAACAGGCCAUCACUCUCGCCAGCGCCAGUUACACCACGCUCCUCCAUCUAUCGUCGCAGCUCUGGUUUGCGUGGCAGAAAAUCGACUUCUUCAUCCGUCUCAUCCGUGCGCAGCAUCCAUGGACACCAUCAUUCCCUCUCUCGCGCAUCCACUACAUCCUCGAACUCUGUGGCCUCUCCCUCUCUCAGCACACAUUCACGCGCCAUCUCAAGGUCACCACACACUAGCGGCAGUGUCGUGAUCCUACCUCCAUCCACACCCACUUCUGUCACAGGCACUUUCCCAUCUGGCAUAAGAGUGGCCAGACAUCCUCCUCCUGGUAACCUUGGUUCUCUACCUACGCUCUCCGCACAAGCUAUGAACUCACCCAUGAGCUACACCUUCGGCCCUGCGUCUCCAGGCAUGCACCCGGUCUUUGCAAAAAAGAAACGCAGCGUCUUCAAGGGACCGAGCUUGGGCAAUACACCCGGCGCACGAGGCAGAGGCUCCAGUCACAACAGCUCUGGAGAAAACAGUCGUGGCACCAGUGCUCAAGGGCGUCGCAGCAAUGAGAUCACCAUUACUGAAGAAGACGAGGAGGAAGAAGAGCAGCAAGAAGAACCAAAAGACUUUUUCGGAAAAGUCACUCUGCAUGACCAGGGCAUGAGAUUGGUCGAGGAAGACGAAGAGGAAGAUUUGGAAGUCGAAGAAGUAGAGAGUUUCUCUCCCAUCGAAGAAGGCGACACCACUGCUUUCAUCAUUGAAGAGGAAGAAGAAGACGAGGAAGAUCCUGAUGCUGAUGUCACUGUUAUACCCAAUCUAGGAGAGGACGAGACCGGAGCUGAAGAAGUCAAUCCUCUUUCAACGGAGAUGAGUCGGGAUGCGAAAACCAUUGCUGAAGAUGUUUUGAGUAGAAGGGUUGUCGAGGGAGAAGAAUCGCAUGGGGACACAAGUCAAGGGUUGGGCAUUAGUGGCGCUGUGGGUUAG